AACCUUGAAUCGAUUAAGUCGAUACAAAAGUUAGGUGUAGAAAUCGCAAAACACGAAAAAGAUUUUUAUGAUUUUGCUGUCUUAUAUAUUAUUUUGAACAAUAAACUAAAAGAUGCCAGAUCAUUUAGGUUCAGACCAAAGAAAAGUAAAAGACGACAAAAAAGACGAGAAGCCGAUACAAGCUCUUGAUGAAGGUGACAUAGCCCUUUUAAAGACCUAUGGUGUUGGUCAGUACAGUCGGUCCAUCAAACAAGUGGAGGAAGAUAUCCAGGACUGUCUCAAGAAAGUCAAUGAGCUCUCAGGCAUUAAGGAGUCAGACACUGGCCUCGGACCUCCAGCAUUAUGGGAUCUUGCAGCGGAUAAGCAGACUCUACAGAGUGAGCAGCCUCUGCAGGUUGCCCGCUGCACGAAGAUCAUCAAUGCAGACACAGACGACCCCAAGUACAUCAUAAAUGUAAAGCAGUUUGCCAAGUUUGUGGUCGACCUUGGUGACCAGGUGGCUCCUACAGACAUAGAGGAAGGCAUGAGGGUCGGGGUUGACAGGAACAAGUACCAGAUUCACAUCCCGUUACCUCCCAAGAUUGACCCCUCGGUGACGAUGAUGCAGGUAGAAGAGAAGCCAGACGUCACAUACAGCGACGUUGGUGGCUGCAAAGAACAGAUUGAGAAACUGCGAGAAGUCGUGGAGACACCUUUACUGCAUCCUGAAAAGUUUGUGAAUCUGGGUAUUGAGCCUCCUAAGGGCGUGUUGUUGUUUGGGCCUCCUGGUACGGGUAAAACCCUGUGCGCUCGUGCAGUGGCUAACAGAACAGAUGCCUGCUUCAUUCGCGUGAUUGGGUCAGAACUUGUGCAGAAAUAUGUUGGAGAGGGUGCCAGGAUGGUCCGGGAGCUGUUUGAGAUGGCCAGGAACAAGAAGGCCUGCAUCAUCUUCUUUGAUGAGAUAGAUGCUGUUGGAGGUGCACGGUUUGAUGAUGGUGCAGGGGGAGAUAACGAGGUGCAGCGGACCAUGUUGGAGCUCAUUAACCAGCUGGACGGGUUUGAUCCCCGGGGCAACAUCAAGGUUCUCAUGGCAACCAAUCGACCUGAUACCCUCGACCCUGCCCUUAUGAGGCCUGGCAGACUGGAUAGGAAGAUUGAGUUUGGUCUGCCAGAUCUAGAGGGGUGUGCCCACAUCUUCCGUAUCCAUGCCCGGUCCAUGAGUGUAGAGAAAGACAUACGAUAUGAAUUGCUGGCUAGAUUGUGCCCAAACACCACUGGUGCUGAGAUCCGCAGUGUGUGUACAGAGGCUGGAAUGUUCGCCAUCCGUGCCCGCAGGAAGAUGGCCACUGAGAAAGACUUCCUGGAGGCAGUCAACAAGGUGAUCAAGGCGUACGCCAAGUUCAGCUCCACUCCACGAUACAUGACCUACAACUGAGGCUCUGGCAUACAAUUGCAUGCAACCUCUGGCUCUGGCAUGCAUGUGCAUUCUGGAAGAAAUUAUGAUUUGAAAUGAAAGGAUUACGCUCUUUGUUAUACCAGUAGUGUGUAUUUCAAUGACUGUUGCAAUGUCUAGAGAAACAUGAAAUAUAUUUAUAAAAUGUUUAAAAAUAUCAAUGUUGAUAUAAUUGAAGUUUUCUUCUUGUCCAUCCUGUAAUGCCAUGAAUGUUUAGUGCUCAUGUAUACAACUCUUGUGGACUGUCAUGUGUUGAAUGAAACACACGCAUACUUUUGUGGAAUGUGAACACUUAUACAUGUGCUAUUUAAUUCAUAUGUUUUGAAAAAUAUUGUCAUAAAAAAAUAAAUGUUAAAUGCAUAAA